AUGACAACAGAAUUAUAUGGAGGAGCAAUAACUAUUUCUAAAUUACCUAAUUCAUUCAUUGAUAUAUCUCAAAUUCGACAAGUCCCUGAUACUCAAGAAGUAUUUAUUAAUCAAUUAUCUAGUCAUAAUGAUAGCCACGAUGUCUCUGGAUCAUUUGAUCAUUCAUUUAUAAUUGAUUUAUUGGAAAGAGUUGAUCCUAUUGAUUAUCAAGAAGCAAUUCAUUUACAUUUACAAGACAUUGUUCCUCCUCAUGUUCAUAAUCAACUAAUUGAACAAAUUAAACAACAACAACAAGAAGAAGAAGAUAAUGAAGAAGAUGAUGAUGAUGGAAUAAUACGAUAUUUUAGUUUUGUUCAAUUUAAACCCCAAUAUAAAAAAUCCGAUCCAAAUGAAUCACCAAAACAAAUUAUCACUUUAAUAUGUUUAAUUCGAUUAGAAAAAGUUGAUACUGAUGUUUUAUUACAAUAUAUAAUUCCUUUAAAAAGUGAAAACGAAAAUGUCAAUGUCAAUUUCGAAGGAUCUACAAAAGUGGAUAAAAUCGUGAAAGAAAGUUAUGAUUUAUUUAAAAAGAUUGCUUUAAGUUUUACCGUUAAAGAUUGGAAUUUAUUUGGAUAG